CCGGGGGAGGAGGAGAGAAGCGACACUGCGGUGUUUGCUAGUCUCAACAAAAUGGCUGCGAGACCGCUGACGCCGAGAGCUCCCUGAAACGCCUGCCAUGACCGUGCUCUGCGCCGUUCUGGACCCUCGCAGAAUGUAUUUUCCCGGAGUCGCUUCUCACUUUGUAUUCACGGUAGCUGGCGCUUCGCAAGUCGUCCCGCUGGUCACCUAAAAACAAAACAUUUUUUUUGUGUGUGUGUGUGCACUUUAAACCAAGUUGACCCGCUGGUUUUUCGGACGGCUGUCGGCUAGCUCGGACAAAAAAAAAAAAAACAAAAAAAAACCUGCGCCAUUCUUUUUUUUCUGUCUUUUUGGGGGGGUUUGUCGAGGCUCAACUUCAACCAGCUAACGUUGUCUGCAACAAAUUAGCUGCGUUGUUAAGGUCAUUGCUAUUCGUAUCGUUUAUUUUUGUUGUUGUCGCCUCCGCCUCUUCAUCAUCCCCGCCCCUGUAUUUGUAUGCUACAUGUCGCUUUUUAAAAAAAAAAAAUCUUAAACUCAAGCUGCAUAUUACAAAAGCGUGAUUUUUAUGUAUGUGGCUGAGGAGGGGGGCGUUGUUUACCUCGCUAUCCUGUCACCAAGCUGCUACGGCGACCGCCGGCGAAGCUGCCAAGUCUUGACUGAAUCUGCUCCAUCGCUUUACGGGUAACUUUGGAGAGGACGCCGGGGCAUGAUUACAAGCUGCCAAAGUUGUGUUUGACGCAAGCUGAGAGAAGCAAGCAACACAAGAAAGAGAACCAUUUGAUGGAAGAAAAGAAAAAGAAAAAACAAGAAGAAAAGCUCAAGAAGGCUGCUGAACAGAAACCCAAAGUGCCAGAGCCUGCUCCCACUAAGCCCAGUCCCGGCACACCCCAUCACCUCCAACCUGCCAGCCCUACGCCGCCCCUCGCCUUCUCAUUUCCUUCUGGAAAUGACAAGCGCGCCUCCUGCAGUAGCCAGCACCAGAUUCCGGUCGCCCCUCAGCCUCAGUGCCUGACGUCCUCUGCCGGCGCUCGCUACCCACCCAGAGAGGUGCCCCCGCGCUUCCGGCAGCAGGAGCACAAGCAGCUACUGAAGAGAGGCCAGCCGCUGCCUCCAGGAGCCUUCAGUGCUCUCACACCCUCCUCUUCCUCUUUAUCACCUUCAUUACCUUACUCUUCAUCUUCUACAAGUACCAGCAGCACUGCCCAAGAUUCUGCAGAGUUCACUGCAGGCAAACUACACUCAGACAUAUCUCCCAAGAGCAGCUCUGCUGCUCAGAUUUGCCAUUGGGGAGCCUCCUUGCAUGCUCACAGCAUUUCCAGUGCCAACAGCUGGAACAGAGGAAAUAUUGACAAAAUUGACACUGAAGCCUGGCCCUCCAUUAGCCGGAGCAGUGAUACUGGCCAUCCUCCAGCACCAGAAUGCCCCUUGGGCUCAGCUAGCUUCAGCAUAGAAGUCAGCGCUGUCACUACUGCCAGCAGUACUUUUCUGAGUAUGGCCACAGGUGCCACAGGCCAGCCGACCCACUACACAUCUCUCAAAUCUAACAAUAACACGAUGACAGGACCUGGAUCAGCCAACACAUUGUCGAGUAACAGAGGAUGGGGCUCAGAAGCCAAACAAGAUGGAAUAAACGGUGGGCGGGUUGGUACGCCCAAUCACUGGGGCUCAUCCGGUUUUAACUUGAAUCUCAAUCCCAGCGCCAACCCAUCUGCCUGGCCAGUUCUCGGUCACGAGGGUGGUGGUGUUAUUGGCCCAAAUGGGGUCUCUGCCUCAUCUCACCCACCGGGCAAUGGGAAUGGAAACAUUGGGAACGGGAGCCUCGGAGGCACAAGCGCUUGUGGCGGAGGUUGGGUUAGCAUGGUUGGUGCUAAUGAAAAUGAACAGCAGCGCCCUUCAACCAACAAAAGUUUGUCCUUCAAUAUGGAAACUAACCUUAACACUGAUGGACCAAACCACACCAAGCAACAAGCUCAGGAGCCCAUGAGCCCUGUCCAUGGGUUAACUGGCUGGGGAGGUCAUUCGCCUACUGAAUCAUCCCAACUUAAUGGCGACACAACAGGCAGCUCUGUAUGGGGUAGUGGAGAAAACAAGGCAGCUGACACACCCAAGGACUCGGGCUGGGAUGCAGCUUCCCCUGCAGGUCUGUCUGCGUGGGGCCGCCAAGGUAGUAGUGGCGGUGGGAGCAAUGGAAGCGGUGGCUGGGGUGACUGGGGGAAAUCCUCAGGAGGGGGAGAUGCAUCAAAAGGCUGGGACUCUGUUGACGCUGUCGUUUCAGGUUCAGGUCAAGAGCAGCAACUUUGCUCGUGGGGUAAGCAGCCAGGAACUGCCCCACCAAGUGAGGGUAGCGGGGACAGCAGAGAUGGUCAUUCUCACCAGAGAGAGAGGUCCUCAAGCAUGGAUUAUACCCCUGUGUUACCUCGACAGGACCUGGACCCUCGGGUGCUGAGUAACACUGGUUGGGGACAAACUCCCAUCCGACAGCACACAGUGUGGGAGAUGGAGGAAGCAAAUUCAGACGACGGGAAAAGCAACAGCAGCUCAGACACAUUUGAAAGUUCCAGUUCUAAUGGUGGAUCCGCGUGCACCAACGGGAAUACCGUCAACCCCAGCAGUGGUACCAAUCUGAGGCAUGGAUCUGAUGGAAAACAUGAAAGUGAAGAAUCUUCAGGCUGGGGAGCCCCCGCACCUCAGCAAGUCCAGACUGCAUCAGGAUGGGGCGACGUGCCACAUUCACAGAAAGAAGCUACUAAUGGCACCACCAGUGGCUGGGGAGACCCAGUGCCGAGCAGUGGACCUAAAAAUGCAAGCUUGACAUCUUGGGGCUCUGAGGACAAGUCCCCUACCUGGGACAGUGACGUGACAAAAAGCCAGUCCACUAACUGGGGGGAUGGCCCGCUUAGCUCUUGUGGUUGGGGAAGUAAUAGUGGGGGUGCCAACAGUUCUAACACGAGGGACUGGGGAGAACCAGAGCGCAAAAACAAUGCCUCUCCCAGAAGCAUGUGGGAAGGGGAAGGAGGAAAUGGGGGCAACGGGGGAUGGAAGGAAAAUCCUAGAGGAGGAAUUAGAGGAAGUGGGAAGCUUACGUCGUCUUCUGUGAAUAGCAGCUCUUGGGGAGAGACCUCCCGUGCCAACGGCCCCGUGCAGGGAAACUGGGGCUCCUCCAAACCGACUGAAAGCAGUAGCAGCAGCACGGGUAGUGGAGGAGGGGGUAGCAUUGGUUCCUGGGGAGGUCCUGGUUCUGUCAAACAGAACACCUCCAGCUGGAGCAAUGUCAGCAAACAGGACACGUGCUUGGAAUCUACUGGUUGGGAGGAGCCCUCCCCUCCGUCUAUACGCAGGAAAAUGGAGAUUGAUGAUGGAACAUCCACCUGGGGAGAUCCUGGCACCUACAGCAAGACCGUCAACAUGUGGGAUCGCAAUAAUCCUAACAAUAAUCCAGCCAACAGUGGCCCACCCACCAUUAAGAAUGGUGGCAUGAUCACACCCAACAGCAACAACAAUCACUCUGGUGGCCCUGGUAACAACAAUCACCACCACCACCACGGCCAUCCCAUGCACCACCACCCUCACCACGGCAAUGGACCGAGCCAUCUCCAACAUCAGCAUCACGGAAACGGCUACGGGCCACCCAACAGUUGUGUCCCACAUCCGAGUGCGGGUCCCCAGGGUAGACCUCCUCUCGCUAACCCAGGCUGGGGAGAACUUCCAAGUGUUCAGCCCAAGUCGGAGCCUGCUUGGGGAGAGCCUGCAGCUCCAACUUCAGCUGUGGAUAACGGCACCUCCGCUUGGGGGAAGCCUUCAGGGGGCGUUGGCGGAUGGGGAGAUGUCGGCCAUGAGCCCUCCGGACCUUAUGGGAGGGCAAACGGACCCUCUUGUAAGCCUGGUCCGAAACCUAUGCAGGACAGCUGGGGGAGCGGAGGGGAGGAAAUGGGCAUGUCUACAGGGCAGUGGGACGCUGAGGAUGGGGACAUGUGGAGCGGCCCCCCCUCGCAGGAAAGCAGCUCCUCUUGCAAUUCUUGGGUAAAUGGACCCAAGAAAGGCCCAAGCAAAGGGAAGAUGAUUAACAAGCCGGAUGAGACCUGGAUCAUGAACCGUCUCAUCAAACAGCUCACUGACAUGGGUUUUCCGAGAGAUCCUGCUGAGGAGGCAUUAAAGAGCAACAACAUGAAUCUUGACCAGGCCAUGAGUGCUCUGCUGGAGAAGAAGACUGACCUGGACAAGCGCAAUAUGGGCAUUUCUGAUUACAGCAAUGGUCUGAACAAGCCACUGGUGUGUCGACCAUCCAUGCUUUCUAAAGAUCCCUCUGACCGCAACGCCUUCCUUGACAAGGAUGGCGUUCUUUCCGACGAUGGCACCCCAUCACCAUUUAUGCCUUCCCCCAGCCUGAAGCUCCCCCUGGCCAACAGUAGCCUUCCUGGGCAGGGUCUGGGACCAGGCAACUCGGGGCUGGCCAUGCAAAACUUGAACAACAGACAGAUAUCCAGUGGAAUGUUUGGCAGCAGUGGAGCAGCACAAAGCCGAGGCAUGCAGCAGCAGCAGCAUCCUCAGCCGCCCGUGCCACCUCUCAGCUCCUCCAUGCCUAGUCUACGUGCUCAAGUGCCUCAGUUACUCUCCCCUCAGGUCCAAGCACAGCUCUUGCAGUUUGCAGCAAAAAACAUUGGUCUGAACCCUGCACUUUUAACCUCACCAAUAAACCCUCAACAAAUGACCCUCUUGUACCAACUUCAACAACUGCAAAUGGCAUACCAGCGUUUACAAAUCCAGCAACAGAUGAUGCAGGCGCAACGUAACGUUUCCGGUCCCAUUCGACAACAAGAGCAGCAAGUCGCACGCACAAUCACCAACAUGCAGCAGCAGAUCCAGCAGCACCAGCGUCAGCUCUACCAGGCCCUGCUGAUUAAGCAGCAGCAGCUUCCCUCCCAUUCCGCCUCCUCCUCGUCCUCGCAAGCUGGUCUGCACGCCCCCGGUGGCCACACCGGAGGCCCCGGAUCUGCAAAAUCAACCCUGGACCCUUUCACAGGCCCACAUCACGCCCCGGGCCUGACCGACACACUGCACACCAAAGAGCCGCUGUCUUCACCCAACGCCUACAGUCCCUAUUCUCUUUCUGGGCUGAAUCCAAACAUGAAUGUAAACUGCAUCGAGGUUGGGGGUCUGUCGAUAAAAGAGCCCCCUCAACCUCAGUCCCGCCUGUCCCAGUGGACACAUUCCAACUCCAUGGACAGCCUCGGUGGUAACACCUCAAACCUGGAGAACAACCUCAACAAACAUGGUGCCAUAUCUGCUGCGUCCACCCUGGGGGCCCCUGGGAAGCCUUCACAGCUGGAGGAUUCCUACAGCCCAUACAAUCUGAUGUCCAACUCGGACUCCCCCGCCAACUCUUUGGUCCCCCCAGACAGCUGGGGCCAAGGCAAGAACUCCAAUGAGAAGCUCACCAAUGGGACCAACAUUAACUGGCCCCCUGAAUUCUGCCCAGGUGUGCCAUGGAAAGGCCUUCAAAACAUUGACCCCGAGAAUGACCCCAACAUGACUCCUGGCAGCGUCCCCAGCGGUCCCACCAUCAACACCAACAUCCAUGACGUCAACAGAUACCUGCUGCGUGACAGGAGUGGCGGCAAACUGUCCGAUGUGAAGUCCACCUGGUCUACGGGGUCCUUAACCCAGAACCAAGCCUCUUUGACCCACGAGCUGUGGAAAGUCCCUCAGGGCCCACGCGGCUCCACUGCCCCGUCCCGACCGCCACCGGGCCUCACCAACACCAAGCCUUCCGUCACCUGGGGGGGCAACUCGCUGGGCUUGGCUCAAGCAUGGAGUGGCUCGUACUCUUCUGAAGGAACCACCUGGAGUACAGACAGUUCCAACAGGACCAGCAGCUGGCUGGUGCUGAGGAAUCUCACACCUCAAAUUGACGGUUCGACCCUGCGGACUCUGUGCAUGCAGCACGGCCCUUUGAUCACGUUCCACCUCAACCUGACCCAAGGGAAUGCCGUGGUGCGCUACAGCUCCAAGGAUGAGGCAGCUAAGGCUCAGAAGUCCCUACACAUGUGUGUGCUGGGUAACACCACCAUCCUGGCAGAGUUUGCCGGCGAGGAGGAAGUGAACCGCUUCUUUGCACAAGGCCAGUCGCUGACCUCAAACACCUCCACCAGCUGGCAGGCCAACCCGGGAACCAAUCAGAAUCGAAUGGGCGGGGCAGCGUCGUCCCACUCCAUGGGCCAGUGGAGCAGCGGCGGAGGAGGAGGAGGAGGCAAGGCCAGCGGAGGCGACCUGCUUUGGGGGGGAGUGCCCCAGUACUCCAGCCUGUGGGGGCCUCCAAGUGGCGAGGAUACCCGCGGGAUCAGGAGCCCCACCCCCAUUAACACCCUGCUGCCUGGAGACCUGCUGAGUGGGGAGUCCAUGUAGGCGGAGGCCCCGGUAACGGUACCGCACCACCACUACAUCGAGGUUCUGACAACAGGAGCGAAACCCAAGAAAAUCAUGUGGCGAUAAUCAGCACCGUUUUAAAACUUUCUGGAACUGUGAAUUAGGAAACUUGAGCAUUGAGGGCUCGCCAGGCCUUUGGUUUCUUUGAUCUUUGACUUUUUAUUCCUUUAUUUUGCAACCUAAAAAACUAACUCAAACGCGACACAAAGAAACUUUUUUGCUCUUUAGGAGAAGCAAUCAAAGCUGCCAUCAACUCUCCUCCCCCCCCCCCCCCCAAUAUGAAAUCAUCCAAAACAAAGCGAGCAUUCCCAGCACGUCUGUGGCCAAUGAUGUGGUUGGAUGACCUUUACUCGUUACUUUUUUGUUUCUCAGCACUAAUGUUAGCCUUAAGUGCUCUCCAGGUCCUUUCCAAGCCGCCUUUUUUUUUUUGUUGUUGAUAAACUGAAGAAGCAGACGGAAUCUUGCACAGUUUUUGACCUCUUGAGCCAUUGCCACGUGACUGGUGACCAACUCUCCAGGGGAGGCCCGACUCCUCGGGUCAUCCGCUUUUCCAGACACUUGACAGUCGGUUCGUUUUUCUGAUGUCCGCCCCCCCCCCCCAACAUAUAAGCUCUGAACGACUGCGGCGGCGGCCAAUCACUGACGAGAACUUCGCGGUCACCUCCAGUUCACUCACUGGUGCUUUGUGGAAUCUUCUACAGCGUUUCUGGAAGUGUCAACGCAGGAAAGAGGAUGCGGGCUUUAAAUCCUUUUUAACGUGACGGUUUACAUUGUGCAAUAUACACCGUAGAACUUUCUGUCCGUCCCAGCGGAGCCGGUCGCUUUUUUGGAACUUGAAAGACCUUUUUUUCUUUUUUAAUGGAUUCCCCUCCGGAGCGCUCUUGGAAAAUGUGUGCAAAGGAGAAGCAGCAGCAGCAGCUUGGACUGCGAUGCACACUUUCUGUCUGCGUGCCGCACCCUCAGCCAACAAGAGACUGGAACUAAUUGGACGCCUCUGGGUGUCUGGCACAAUACCAAAUAAAAAUAAAAAUAAAAGUAGGGUGGGAGGGGUACGGGUUCUCCCAAUGCAGUAGACAUACGAGUUUCCCUCGUGGACAAACGCGCGGGUUUGGCGUCUUAUCAUAGCACUUACGAGGACCUUCUGGCUUCGACUCAAUAAAGAAAGAAAUCAAGACGACGAAGGGAAACACGACCGACGCGAAGUCGUCUUUGCGAAUGAAGAACGGCAACGUUUCGAGUGAAUAUCACUGUUACUCCAAAAUGUCCAAGCCUUUGGUCGCACGGGCGGUCGGGGGGGGGGCGUCCAUCGAGUGCCGCCCCCUCCCCUUCCCGCCCCGCUGGGGUGUCCGACAGCAGCACUUCCUUCCUUCCUUCCCUGGGCUCCAUCUGGAAAUAACCAGGCCAACCCACCUCCUUCUCCUUCUCAGUUGUUGGAACACAAAGAUCACUUUAGCUGGAAGAUCUACUCGUCAUAUUUCUGGAUCGUGUGUCGUCGUCGUCACUCGUGUCCACAGUGCGAACGUGUAACGUGCGUGGGGGCUGCCUGAAGGCGCCUCUCAUAUGCAGAAACACUUUCUUUUGCUCAGAGAUGCCUCUGUGUGCUCAUCCUGUGUAUUGAAUGCAAAACAAGGAUCAAUACUAUUGAUUGUCUUAUUGCUUUUUUGAGCUGAUCACGCUUUGUGUUGGACAGUUUUCUGUAGCACUUCCAGAUCUGGGGGUGGGAUUUUUUUUUUUUUUUUCAUUCAUUUGUAUGUUUUUUUUUUGUUUUGUUUUGUUUUGGUCCAAGCUGCUCCGCCUGCCCACAGGUUGCCCAUUGCCUAGCUUCUACGCUAAACCUCUCGCCCAUCAAAACCAGCUACAUCCUGUCGGCCCCCCCAUCCCCCACUCCCCUCCACGAGGCACCGAGGGCCCCCCUUUAUCUGUUUCUAUGCAAAAAGAUGAGAAGCCGGGGCCCUUUACAAGCACGCAGAAAGCCCCUUGCUCCAGCAGUCCUCCCCACCCCAACUGUGAACGUCGUUACGGCCGCCAUUUUCUCGAGACACUGUCACAAAAGUGGAGUGGGAAGACUCUAUCAUAAAGGCCCCGUGUUUGGACUUGACCUCGGGGUGGGGGGGGACACACACCAAGUACCGCCAUGCAGCUUCUCGCUCUCUCGCCACACAUCCCCUUGUCCCACGUACGCACACCUCACGCGUUGAAAAGUUGCCAAUACGUUGUGCCAACUUCAGUUUGCUGAACACAGCACUUGUGUUCUUUAUUUUUCGAAGCAUUUGUGAGGGGCGGCCGGGGCAGCAUCAUCACACUCUGAAAUUACUGAUUUUCUUUUGUUUGCUCGCGGGACAAACCUUACGCUAACGUAGCGCGGGGUGGGGGGAGUGUUCCAGUUUGCUCCAGUGCACAGUCAACGAUGGGUAAUCCCGGGUACAUAUUUUUUUAAAACCAAAAAAAAAACAAAAACAAAAAAAAACCACCUACAAAUCACAUUUUAACAUCAUUUUUAUGAAGUUUGUCAGAAAAAUCUUUAAAAAAAAAAAUCCUUACAAAUGUAAAUGAAAAGAAAAAGAUCUAUGAUAUUGUUAAAGCUCUGCACUUCUAGCCGAAACGUCUUCGGUCGUCGCGUUCCGCUCACGCCGCGAACAAAGAGACCCGCGACUGGGGUGCCUUUUUGUUUCAUUCGAUUCCGUUUGUUUAGUUCUCACGUGGAUGCUGUAAUUUUAUCUUUGUAUUUUGUGUCGACGUGGCCGCUCAAAGCGGGCUCGACCGACGAACUGUACAUUUCCGCUGUAUCUGAGUCGGUGAGAGGUACAAAGUCUUAAAAUCAAGAAGGAAAAAGAGGGGAGGGGUGGGGUUUGGGGGGAGGGGCGGGGGGGGGGGGGGGGGGGGGGGGGGGACAAUGGCUACCUUUCAGGACACGUCGUCCUGCAGCACAUGAGCAAAAAUCACUAUUGCCUGUUUCUGUAAAACUGCCUUGUUUCAAGAAGCUCAGACAGACCCAAUAGUCCACCAGUACCGCGCCCAGAAAGUCACACGGGGGCUUUCCCAUGCUGCACCAGCAUCGAGCGUCCACAGCUCUCUUCUCCUUAGCAGUAUACACACACGCAUAUAUGUAUAUAUAAAUAUGUGACUGUCAGAAUUCAUAUUAACGCAUAUGAUUGCUCACAACAAUAAUCGCAUUAAUAAUGUUUUUGUGCAGAUUACACAACUGCACAAGCUCCUUUACCGAGGACGAAUACGUGGAAGGUGCUGCAGGUCCCCACGAGGUCUCGUGACCGGGCCGACGUGUACGCGAGUGCGCAGAUCAGCGAGCGGGCAAACGCUGUGAAUCAUCCGGUUUGACAAAAUUGUCUGACAGCCCAUACAUAUAUAUAUUUAUAUACGUGUGCGUGUGUGAGAUUGUGCGAUCGUGUGUAUAUGUAUGUACAUAUAAUCUACACACACGUGUGUAUGUAUGUAUGUAUAUAUGUAUGUAUGUAUGUGUAUUCACAAUGUACAUUUAUAUCAACACCUCAGAUGGUAGCCUCUCCAACAUUUCAUGUGUCCGCAAGGUUGAACUGAAGAUGAGCAAUAUGUAUCCCCCCCCCCACCCCACCCCACCCCCCAGACACACGGACGUGCAUGCAAAUACGCGAAGGAAGCAAUUUGGUUGUAAACUCAUACUUGAUCGCGCGUUGAUUUCUGCACAUUCUGUUGCUAUUUUUAGCCCACACGAUGCAGUAUACGUUGAAGCCGGAGUACUGUCGUGUGUUUGUGUAUCAUCCCGCCCUCCUGCAUAAUAGCGCAUUUGCGAAUUUAAAAAAAAAAAAAAAAAAUGGGAAAAAAAAUUACAUAUCAAAAAAACAAAAAAAUAUAUUGAACUUUAAUACUUGAAAUGCAGAGUACGAGUGAGUAUUUGGGCCACACUUGGGGGAAAAAAAACAAUUGGUCGGGUUUCGUUUGGUUUUUUUUUAAACUCACUUUUUGGAGAAUCAAGACAUGAUAUGAAGUGUGAAUUUUGUUUUUCUCAAGUCAAAUAUUAUUACUGAUUUUCAAGAUAACCAACCAACAGUUUUCUCUCACGACUAUAUCAAAAAUUUCUGGCUUUUUUUUUCCAUUUAAACUUCAUUAUUCUAAUGUCAUGACUUUACCCAUUUUUCAAAGAUAAUAUUUAAGUAUGAUUUCAAAUUCUGUAAAAUGAGUUUACUCUUGGGGAAAAAAAAUCAGUUAACCUAAAAUGACAAAAAAAAACCCCGGUUGUUAUAUAUGUUGUUGAAAUAACUAAGAAUGCAAGAAAUCAUGUUUAUUCUAAAAAUAUAUAUAUAUCGUAUUAUAUGUAUUUAUAUCCUCAGAACUGUGAGGCCAACGCUCCAGCCAGUUGCGUCACCGUGCCGCCUGAUUUUAAAUCAACUAGGUAAAAAAAAAAAAAGUGCAAAUAGGUGAAUCUGCAGGUUCUGAACCGAGAGUAUGCAAGAUUCCAUUUUACAUUAUUCUCCAAAAGAUACUUUAUCCCUGUUGGACUGCAACUUUUUUUCCUUAAAAAAAAAAAAUGCAGCUUUAUUAUUGAAAAAAUUACAACUUAUUUAAAAAAAUACACAGGUACUUUGUUCUUGAAAAUUUUCUAUUAUAUCUUAAAAAUAAAAAAAGUCGGACUUUUUCCUUGUAAGAUUCUGACCAGUCUCAUAAAAUAGACUUACAACUUGAUGGGAACUUUUUUUUUUUUUACUCCACAUGAAACCUUUUGGAUUAAAAAUGUGUUUAAUGUCUUCAACAAACAAGAAAUGUACAUGUCUUGAUUCGCCAAUUGUGAAUUACCAAAACCCUGAUUGAUUUUUUUUUUUUUUUUUCCUGUGGAUGGCCCAAAUACUCUUUGGCCACAGAGCGCGUAAUGUGAAAUCAGUAAUGGUCGUCGACUCGUCCGAUCGCCAACAUGGAGACGACGAAAAUGUAUUGCAUUAAGUUACCAAUCUUUCGGAGAUGGGGAAAAAAAAUGCAAGCGUCAUCUACGUCUGCGUACGAUGGAUGUUUGAAUGUGUGCCAGAAACUGUUUUGUUUUGUUGUCGUCGAUCUGGUUCUCUUCUAAUGUUGCACUGAGUGUCUUGUGCCCCUCACUCAGCUAAUCCCAGUCAAAACGUACGGGAGGGGCGACGGCGACAAUUCACGUGUACAUGUUUACUCAAGGAAUUCAUUUGUUUUCGUUCAAUCUGUACAAAAAAAAAAAAAAAAAAGUAAUCUACUAUAGAGUGGCUUUUAUUGUGGAAUAAUCCCGACGCGGGGUUGUCAUUGAGUAUUGCACCAUUUUGUUCCAAUACAAAAAUUAAAAAAAAAAAAAGUAAAAAUGUUUUUAAAAAAUCAAGACAAAGAGGCAAGGCGGUAGGUAGGUGUAGAAGGAUAGCGUAGCAUCAAGGAGAAAAGGAAAGAAAAGGGAGGCGAAGUCAUUUCAGAUGUGCCUAUCGUUUGUGUUCCUGUCGUUUACAAGCAUUUCAUUUGUGUCACCUUCAAAGAAAAUAAGAAUUACUAUGACGGGAAGGUUGCGUUUCAUAAGAAAAAUCCUCUUGCGUCCAGUGUGGCCGUUGAAAACCUUGCAAAAUGAGGACGCGUAUGCUACUUUCAGAACUCUGGGAUCGAUCAGUCGUCAAUUUCAAGUUGGGCCCGCGUGUUCGUUUGCGUCCUUCGCUCGUUUUCUUGCACACUUGUCGUCCAAACGUUCAUGAAUUUUGUCUCAGGAAGGCCAGAAUUCCAACAUCCCGACUCCUCUGUCAUUUCCUUUAUGUUUUUUUUUUUUUUUUAAUUUUUAUUCUCUCGAGCAAGCACUGAACCUUUUGGGGUUGGGGCGGGGGUGGGGAUGGGCUCUCAACUAAGACGACGACAACAACACAUUUCUAUUGUAGCAUGUGACAUAUUUACCAAAUAAGACUGAGAAUCAACUUUGAAUAUUGCGAAUUUAAAAAGUGCUUUACACGUGAAAUCUUAACGCAGAUAUUGCUUUACAUUUGACAACAAUGGAAAUGCAUUGCUUUGUUUGUUUGUUUUUUUUUUUUUUGUCCGUUUUCGAGUGCAGGAUGUUUGCAAUCGUCUCUCCGUCCCGCGCGACCCUUUUCGAGCAAGCAGAGAGAUUUCAAGCAAAAGGAUCAUGAUCUAUGCACAAAAAAAAAAGGAAAAAAAUGUGGGGGAGGGUUCAGGGUUUCAUGUCCGCUUCUUCUUUGACUCAAAAUGUGCUCACGUUGUCUCGUCCGGCUGGUUUAGCGAAGCCCGAUGACGUCACAAAGCUGUGUAAAUCCCUUCUUAACCAAUGAGCGCUUUGUCCUUCUGCUUAAAAGCACUGUGGCUGGGCCUGAGAAGAAGCCCACGAUUUGCAUUUUGUUUGUUUGUCUUGAGGGGGGGAGGGACUUUGCCUUUGCCUUUUUCUCUUUACUUUUACACACACGAUGAUGGAAAAUGUCUGUAACUGAAUUACAAAGUUGUGGCUUUUUAAAUGUUCCUUUUUCUCCUCAUAGAAUGUGAUUGUUAAGGACAUGCAGCGGCGGGGAGGAAAAAAACGUUUCCAUUUGAACUAUGGAACCUCUUUCGGUCGAUAUUAAUAAAAAAAUUACAUUUUCUUGGCUGUUAA